CUCAUUCAUCUCUUUAUAGCUACCUUUUUCUUACACCAACACAUUACAUUGAAGCAAGCUGGUCCUAAUUAAAAUUCACCACCAAAAAAAUGGCUGCAAAACGUUUUUUGGAUGAUUCUAAUCAAGACAAAGACAAACCAAAUGACAAACGGAUUAGAACUACACCAACACCUUCUUUUGCUUCGGUAAUAGGAGAAGUGGUUAAGGUGAAAAACAUGCAAAACCUAUUCUCUGGCUUGGAACCUUUACUUAGAAGAGUGGUUAACGAAGAGGUGGAACGAGCGAUGAGACAAUGUUAUCCACCGCGAUCGAUAACAAAGUCACCUUCAUUGAGACUCAAAGCAGUGGAAGAACCAUUAAGUUUUGAAUUCAUGUUCAAAAAGAAACUUUCACUUCCAAUAUUCACAGGUAGUAAAAUACUAGACAUGGAUGGAAACUCAAUCAAUGUGAUUCUUGUUGACAAAAGCAAUGGCCAAAUUGUCCCUACAAGUUUACCUCAUCCAAUCAAGAUUGAAAUUGUAGUUCUUGAUGGAGAUUUUCCUUCUAGUGAAAAAGAAUCAUCAUGGACUAGUGAAGAAUUCAAUAGUAAUAUCGUGAAAGAGAGAACUGGGAAGAGGCCAUUGCUUACCGGAGAAUCAAAUCUUACUAUGAGAGAUGGAAUUGCACCAGUUGGAGAUAUUGAGUUCACCGAUAAUUCUAGCUGGAUUCGUAGCCGAAAGUUUAGAGUUGCUGUUAGAAUUGCUCCUGGGACUAAUCAAAGUGUCAGAAUUCGUGAAGGCAUGACCGAACCUUUUGUUGUUAAGGAUCAUCGUGGUGAAUUGUACAAGAAACAUCACCCACCAAAUCUAAAUGACGAAGUGUGGCGGCUAGAGAAGAUUGGGAAAGAUGGAGCUUUCCACAAAAAAUUGACCAAAGAAGGAAUUACUACUGUACAAGAGUUUCUCAAGUUAUCAGUUGUUGAUCCUCAAAGACUCAGAAAGAUUUUAGGCAUGGGGAUGUCAGAGAAAAUGUGGGAUGUGACAAUUAGGCAUGCUAAAACUUGUGUAAUGGGAAACAAACUAUAUGUCUACCGUGGGCCUCAAGUUACCAUAUAUCUCAAUGCCAUAUGCCAAAUGGUUAAAGCUGCUUAUAUCAAUGGUCAAACCAUUCCCAACAACAACAUGAAUAGGGGCUACAUAGAAAAAUUGGUGAGAGAAGCAUAUGCUAGAUGGAAUGAUUUGGAGGAAAUUGAUGAAGUUUUGAAUGACAAUGUUGCUUUGUUAACUCAAGGUGGAACAGUGGAACAAUUUCAAAAUAAUAAUAAUCAUCAAGCACCGGGUAUAGCAUAUGAUCAAAAUGACUUUUUUGGUGAUAAAUCUAUGGAGGGUGGCAAUUAUGUAUCAAGUCAUAAUAAUAAUGCACAAAUAGGUAGCAUCCAGUGGUCACCACCAUUUCCCACUUCACCAUUCAUGAAUGCCAUAUCUUAUAGCUUCACAGAUUCACAAUCAGAUGAUGGUGAUAUAACGCCAUCAACUUCAGGACCAGUUGUUGAUGGAGUGUCAAGGUGGCUUUAAUAAAUGAAAAAAUGUAACAAUUGGAGAAUCAAAUUAGUUUGAUAAUUUCAAGGGGCGCAUGAGAUUAUUUAGGGGGCGCGAAAAGUAACUCUCUAUUUAGAGGGCCCAUUUUAAGAUUGUGUAAAAUAUGGGCCUUGUUCCUCUUCUGCAAACCUGCCUUUACUGGGCCAGUGUUGCUAAGUUUAUCAUAAUUUCAUCAAUUAAGAUUUGACAAAAAAAAAUUGCAGCAGCAAA